GCUGAACAAUCCCAGACGUCUAUCUGCUGGUCGCCAGAAUGAAACCCACGGAGGUUGGGCUGUGGCAAAUUUCUCCAGCUUUACUUAACCCACACACUCAAUUACACACAGCAGCUGCCCCAACCUGAAAACCUUGAGGACUCUUCCCUAUCCCCAUACUGGGAAUGAACCCAGGAUUUUUGCACUGUGCUGCAUCUCCUGCCUUUAAAAGGAUUUUGGGUGGGUGGAGUCUCAGUAAGUCACUAAGUUGCCAUGACCAGGUUUAAACUUGUGAUCCUCCUGCCUCAGCCUUUCAGAAUGUUGGGUGACAGGUGUGCACCAUCAGGCCCUGGAAUCUUGAACAACCUCAUUCCUAAAGUCUUCACUGUUUCUUGAAGAAGUUCCCUGGGACUGAAAACUACAGUCAGGUGUCCCAGCAACGGCUGUGCGAGGUCAGCAAGCACCUACUAGCACACAUAGCCUCUCGUGUUCCACUGGAGGACAUGGUGAAGCUGGUCCUCUACCUGUGCUGAUAUCUGUCCCGAGACAAUUGUAAUGAGGGUUAACAGGGCAUCUAUGUGGAAAUAUUAAGUAUGCCUGCACUUAGCAGGUAUUGGUGAAAUAAAUUAGAAUGUUAUAGAUGCAAACACGCAAAUGGUGCUCACCCUAGACCAGGAACAGCCCCAAGGGCUUUACACGCAGUGCUGCACUUAAUGCUUAAUUCUACCCCAAGGAAAUGGAACCAAUCUAUCCCUGUCUGGAGAUUAAGAAGUUGGAGUUACAUCACAUACCUAAAGUCACCAUCUACGAAAAAUGGGAGCUAAGAAUUUAUUCUAGGUAGCCUGGCUUUGAGGCAUACACUCGGUCACUUACUAGGCUAUGUAGUACUUCAAGGCUGCCCUACGUGGUUUUCAAAUUAUGCACUUCAAAACUCCAGGCCAAGCCAGAUGCCCAUUAGGCCGACAUGGCCAUCUCCCACGUACUUGGAGCCACACUGUCACUAAAGCAGUUCCUGAGAAGGCAACAAAUCCUCCUCCUCUGCAGAAGGAUUUUGCAAGCAAUCUGGCAAGCUCCAAAUGUGUGUGAUCACAAAUACCUGAAGAACUGGGCAAGGGAAGAAUUCAAAAGAAAUAAAAGUGCCACAGAAGAGGAUACAAUCCAGAUGACGAUUACUCAAGGCAACAUCCAGCUAAAGGAGUUUUGAAAAAAACACUUGCAUUAGAAAAAUCCUAACUAUAGAAAUUUUCU